CUCACCGGGUAGUUUCAGGCCCGACUCCGCUGAUGUGACACCGCUUAGCAAUUUCUUCUUCGGGCGCGGAGCUGUGGUAAAAAAAGGUCGUGCAUAUUUUCACCAGAUGCUAGCGUAAAACAUCUCUUGUCGCGGAAAACGUGAAAAGAAUCACGGUCUCGCUAGUAAAUGCUAGUUUUCAACAGUACUGGACAUCUUCUACCAAGCGUCCGUACUGAAAUCGCUGAGUUGCGCGGUGGAUAUUUAACCCGGAGUGCUGGUUGUUAGCUAACAACGGGUCUCACAACCAAUUGCGGGUCAAGUAACGAGUAUUGGAACAACGCACAAAAUGGUUAACACACCGUACAUAAUCAAUGAAAUUUACGACAUUCUUCAGAAGUCCUCGCCGUUCGAAUUGACAUUGGAGGCCUUGCUGGCAUUGGGAGUAAUAUGGAUAGUGUUUUACAAACGCACGACAAAGAAGAUGCCCAUGUCCGAAGAGGAAAUUCUUGCACGGUGGACACCGGAACCACUCGUGGCAGAGGUACCACAGGACCAUCCAGCGCUGAAAACAAAGAUUGUCGAGGGACCAGUCGGUAAAAUGGUGAAUGUAAAUGGCAAAGAGUGCAUCAACAUGGCCACACACAACUAUCUCGGGCUGGCAGAGGACGAAGACAUUAAGCAAGCGGCGAUAAAGAGCUUGCGAAAGUACGGUGUCGGUUCUUGCGGACCGCGCGGAUUCUACGGUACAGUCGAUGUGCAUCUCGAGCUCGAAGAACGGUUGGCGAAAUUUAUGAACGUGGAGGAAGCUGUAGUGUAUUCGUACGCGUUUUCCACUAUAGCUAGCGCAAUACCGGCCUAUUCGAAGAGGGGAGAUUUGAUUUUCGUUGACGAGUGUGUUAAUUUUGCUAUUCAAAAAGGAUUGGACGCUUCACGAAGCAAGAUUUUUUACUACAAACACAACGAUAUGGACGAUUUGGAGCGAUUGCUUCAAAAGCAACAGAUUGAAGACAAGCGUAAUCCGGCAAAAGCUAAAAAGACGCGACGUUUUCUGGUAGCCGAAGCCAUCUAUAUGAACACGGGUGAGGUUUGCCCCCUGCCUCGGUUGGUGGAAUUACGUGCUCGUUACAAACUACGCUUUUUCUUGGAUGAAAGCAUAUCUUUCGGUGUGUUGGGAGAUAGUGGACGUGGGUUGAUUGAGCACUGCAAUGUCGAUAAAACGGAGGUUGAUUUGGUGUCGGCUGGGCUGGAAUGGUCAGCCGCAACGAUCGGUGGCUUUUGUGCUGGUUCCUCGUUCAUCGUGGAGCAUCAGCGGCUCUCCGGAUUAGGGUAUUGUUUCUCUGCCUCACUACCACCCUUGCUUGCACAGGCUGCCAUCAGUGCGCUGGAUCGAUUCGAAAGCAACCCACGAAUAUUCGUCGAACUAAGAGAACGCUGUCGAAUGGUUUCAAACAAACUUUCUCAACUGAAACACUUCCAAUCAAGAGGUGAUCCACUAUCUCCAGUGAAGCAUUUAUAUCUAAAACACAAACAUGAAAGCUGGGCGCAUGAAAAGAUGCUUCUGGACGAGAUUUCUACUGAGUGCAUCGACAACGGUUUAGCGGUGAUAGCGGCAGAGUAUUUGGAAACCAUGGAAAAGCAUUGUCCAAGGCCAAGUAUUCGAUUAACGGUUAAUCGUUUGCUAACGGAAAAGGAAAUAGACGAUGCUUUCCGAAUUUUAGAACAUGUUUCGGAGAAAGUUUUUGCAAGUGCGGGUUAAAAUAAGGAUGGUAAGAUAUUCCCACUUUAUGAUGCUACCGGUGACAUAAGCUCACGUAUACAUAACACAAAUUGUUGCGUACCAGGGGGCUUACACAGCUACACAUACCUUCCUAUUCUGCUCCUAUUUGAAACAAUGAUCAAAAAGAAUUAUGAAUAAAAUUAUCAUAAAUGGGCCCCCCUGUAAACAGGUGCAGCAAAUCUAUGACCCUUCGUCCUGGUUGGGUCAUUAUAAGCAUCUCCAAAUGCACAAUGUAAUUUGUUGGGUGGUUUAAUUAUAUUAUUGUGAAACAUAAACAAAACCCCGGAAGAGAAAAUGUCACGAUAUUUUUUUUAAUGAUUACAAAAGGAUUCAAAAGAAGCUUCUUCGGGUUUGUGAUCAAACCACUAUGACAAAAAACUAGCGCAGCCAGAAUACUAGCCAGAAGGCGCCAUUGCUGUAAGAAACAAAUAAUGCCGCAUCUAUAUUUUAGUGAAUUUUCGUUAGACACAUUCAUCCAGCAUUGUAUUGGUUGGAAGGUUGAACCUUUUGUGUAUGGUUAUGUUAAAACAUGUUCACGAUUUCUGUUUUAAGCGCGUAUGUCGAUGUAUAUUUUCCGAUACUUUCCGUCAAACUAUCUAGCUUUUACCACUAUUUUGACAGCAUGUCAUUCAUAACAGCUUAUAGUCUAAUAGUCAACAAUAAGUUUGCAAAUUAAAGUAAGUUUUGUUGUUAACAUAAUCCCCCGAUUACUUUGUAUGCGAAUGUACAAAACAGGCAGAACAACCAGCACCACCAGUAUCUUUGAUAGUAUGUAGGCAUUUGCUUUAGAUUUUUAAGAGAUCAAGAGAGGGUCGUGUUCAUGCGAAUCUAGAAUUAGAUGGAAGUGUCCGGUAAAAACAGCGGGCUAGACAGCACUGGAAAGGACGCCAAGUAAUGCUAGUAUUAUUAAACAAAAGCGUAACCAGAAAACAACCCGCAAAUAUGGCAUAUUUCCGAAAUGAAAAGAAAACACACACACACAGAGAGCAAAUCACGUGUGUACAGUUGCAUGAAACACAUGCGCCCUCUGGAUCGAUCGAAUGAUAGGGCCUUAAGCUUCAGAAGCAAAUGCUUGAAGUUAUUUAAUAACGAAAAUCGUGAGACGAAAUCGACUAUCUGUUCUAUUGCUUUUUUAUCGUCUCAACAUAAGCUGAUCAUUAUUCCCCCCAUUAUCUUUUGCAUGCGGUACAUCUGUUUAUAACCGUGAUUUCAACUUCCUAUGCUGAGAGGACAGUAUUGUUGUUGUCGUCACGAUAUCACGGUAUGUUUGUUUUAGUUUGCCAAAAUGUGUACACAACGUGCUUUGUGCGAUGCAUACUUGUACGCCGGGGUAUGUCCACUGUACGAACCUUCUGUUUUUGGUAAUAGAUUAUCAAAAACAACACAGAGUAAAAUAAGUAAAAACGCUUUGCGAGAUAAAGUCAAUACUUAAACAGUGCUUUAAAGGAUAAGCUUAAACGGAGGAUAAGUUAUGUAUGAGAUUUUCGUAGACACUGGAAUAAAAACGGGAAACUUAAAACACCAA